AUGUCUCGCUCAAGUUCGCGGAACGUGAACUUUUUCGAUGGUUCGACAGGUGCCCACCUAGGUGGUGUUCGACAAAACGGGUCAAUCACCAAAAGCAACUUUUUUCAUAUGCUUAUGGACAUCUUACUUGCCGUCGAAGCAAUGAUUACAAUUAAGUCGAGAGCCACUGGGCAGCAAAUCCCAUUGAACACCGAACCAUUAGAAGUGGGCGACUACGACAUCUUUUGCGCCCGGGGCAAUAUCGAACUUACCGACGGUUUGUGCGUGCGACGGGUUAUUUCUCAUAGUAACAGUGGUCGAGAGAGCUCCUUUCGAGAAGACGUGCGGGCGCGAGACGGAAAAUGUGUCUUGACUGGAGUGAUCAACCCCGCCGCUAGUUGGGGUGACUGGAGCGGAUACGAAGCAGCACAUAUCUUUCCUAUGGAGAAGGAGGCGCUUUGGAAGCAGCAUAAUUUCGGCCGCUGGAUCACGAAUACCAUGGGACGCCAUAGCGCGACUAUCGACUCCGUUCAAAAUGGCAUACUGGUCGGGGCACACAUGCACGGCCCGUUCGAUAACUUUCUGGUCUCCGUGAACCCCGAUGAUGGCUACAAAAUCACUCACUUUGGCGGUGACGGCUGGGGUGUCGACGGCCGAGUAUUGGAUCCUGUAUGCCGAGCCCCAAACGACCCCAACCGUGUCGCAGAUAACUUGCUCCGUUGGCACUUCCGUCAGUCUGUGCUAGCUAAUAUGAAAGGGGCUGGCGAACCCAUCUUCGAACAUGACUUCCCCCCGGGCACGGAUGUGAUGAAGGAGAUACUCCAGGGGCCGUGUUCGGUCGAGCGGAUGGAGCUUGAGCUCUUUUCUCGGCUGCAAGGGACUCAGCAAGAGAAGGGCGAAAUCGAUAUUCGCUAA